GGCAAGGGGAAGCUGCUGGGAACGCGCGCGCGGGCGCCCAGAAAGGGAGCAAGACCCCCGGGAUCCCCGGGGAGCGGAGCUUAGAGCAAGCGGGGUAUGCUGCCCUCAAGUUGUCCAGGGAGUUGCAGGGACAGUGAGAAGGGCUAACACCUUGGCAAUGAGCAACACCACCAGACGUCCUGCCCUGGGCACAGGCCCAGGUCCUGGCCCCUUCCGAACACCUGAGCCAGAGGGCUCAGGCCCCCACGCGGGCCCUGGGUGCCCUCCGUUCGCCGAACAGGAAGACGACGAACUGCACCGCACUUUGGGCCUGGAGCGCUUUGAUGAGAUUCUGCAAGAGGCAGGAUCCCGCAGCGGGGACGAGCCGGGCCGGAGCUAUGGGGAGGAAGACUUUGAGUACCACCGUCAGUCUUCCCACCACAUCCAUCACCCACUGUCUACCCACCUGCCUCCUGAUGCUCGUCGUAGAAAGAACGCCCAGGGUACUGGCAGAAAACAGCGAAAACGCCCAGGAGCUUCCCCCACAGGAGAAACCCCCACCAUUGAAGAGGGUGAGGAAGAUGAGGAUGAGGUCAGUGAAGUGGAGAGCAGCAGAACAGCUCCCCAGCUGUCUCCAAGCUCCACUCCUACUUCUGUCCAGUUCUUCCUCCAGGAGGAUGACAGCACAGACCGAAAACCAGAGGGACCUGUUCCUUCUUCCCCACCGCAACCCUCCCACCAGGAAACAAGCCCCAGAGCCCCCAAAGGGGCCCAGCCCGGGGCUCCAGCAGAAGAAGCAUCCGGAGGUGCUGUGGGGGGAGAGGAUGAAGGAGUCUCGGGUCGUCCUCCCGCUAAGGUUCAACCUGGGCACCGAAGCUACAACCUGCAGGAGCGGCGUAGAAUUGGGAGCAUGACAGGGGCAGAGCAGGCAUUGCUGCCCCGAGUCCCUACAGAUGAGAGUGAAGCCCAGACCCUGGGCACUGCUGACCUGGACCUCAUGAAAAGUCACCGGUUUGAGGAUGUCCCAGGUGUUCGGCGUCAUUUAGUGAGGAAGAAUGCUAAGGGGCCUGUGCAGGGGGGGCAGGAGGGGAGAGAGCCUGGCCCUACACCACGUACUCGAACUCGUCCUCCCCACCAGCCCCAUGAGGUAUUUGUGGAGCUGAAUGAGCUCCUGCUGGACAAAAACCAGGAGCCUCAGUGGAGGGAGACAGCGCGCUGGAUCAAGUUUGAGGAAGAUGUGGAGGAGGAGACCGACAGAUGGGGAAAGCCACAUGUAGCCUCACUUUCUUUCCGAAGUCUGCUAGAACUUCGUAGAACCCUGGCCCAUGGGGCUGUUCUCCUAGAUCUGGAUCAGCAGACACUGCCAGGGGUGGCACACCAGGUGGUAGAACAAAUGGUCAUCUCUGACCAGAUCAAGGCUGAGGACCGAGCAAAUGUGCUUCGGGCCCUGCUGCUGAAACACAGCCAUCCAAGUGAUGAGAAAGAUUUCUCCUUUCCCCGGAACAUUUCUGCUGGCUCCCUGGGGUCCCUGCUUGGGCAUCACCAUGUCCAGGGGGCUGAGAGUGACCCCCACGUCACUGAGCCUCUGAUUGGAGGAGUUCCUGAGACCCGCCUGGAGGUAGAGAAAGAGCGGGAGCUGCCCCCUGCUGCCCCCCCUGCUGGCAUUACUCGAUCCAAGUCCAAGCAUGAGCUGAAGCUGCUGGAAAAAAUUCCUGAGAAUGCAGAAGCCACUGUGGUGCUCGUGGGUUGCGUAGAGUUCCUGUCCCGUCCCACCAUGGCCUUUGUGAGGCUGCGGGAGGCAGCUGAGCUAGACGCUGUACUUGAGGUGCCUGUGCCUGUGCGCUUCCUUUUCUUGCUGCUGGGCCCAAGCAGUGCCAACAUGGACUACCACGAGAUCGGGCGCUCUAUCUCCACCCUCAUGUCGGACAAGCAAUUCCAUGAGGCGGCCUACCUUGCAGAUGAGAGGGAAGACCUGCUGACUGCCAUCAACGCCUUCUUGGACUGCAGCGUGGUGCUGCCGCCGUCGGAGGUGCAAGGCGAGGAGCUCCUCCGAUCUGUUGCUCACUUCCAGCGACAGAUGCUCAAGAAGCGUGAGGAGCAGGGGCGGCUGUUGCCCCCGGGUGCUGGGCUGGAGCCCAAAUCCCCUCAGGACAAGGCGCUCCUACAGAUGGCGGAAGCAUCAGGGGGAGCAGAUGAUGAUGAUCCUCUUCGGCGUACGGGCCGGCCCUUUGGAGGACUGAUCCGGGAUGUGCGGCGCCGUUAUCCUCACUACCUGAGUGACUUCCGAGAUGCACUGGACCCUCAGUGUUUGGCAGCUGUCAUCUUCAUCUACUUUGCUGCCCUGUCCCCUGCCAUCACUUUUGGGGGGCUACUUGGAGAAAAGACAGAGGAUCUCAUUGGAGUAUCUGAGCUGAUCAUGGCCACGGCUCUCCAGGGUGUGAUCUUCUGCCUGCUGGGGGCCCAGCCCUUGCUCAUCAUUGGCUUUUCUGGGCCCCUGCUAGUCUUUGAGGAAGCAUUCUUCUCGUUCUGCAGCUCCAAUGGCCUGGAGUACCUGGUGGGCCGAGUGUGGAUUGGGUUUUGGCUGGUGCUCCUGGCUCUGCUGAUGGUGGCACUAGAGGGCAGCUUCCUUGUCCGCUUUGUUUCCCGGUUCACCCAGGAGAUCUUUGCCUUCCUCAUCUCCCUCAUUUUCAUCUAUGAGACCUUCUUCAAGCUGAUCAAGAUCUUCCAGGAACACCCACUCCAUGGUUGCAUUGUCCCCAAUGACUCUCAGCCAGUGGAGGUCGAGAAUAAAACGUGGACAGAAGUAAUGGUGAUGCAGAGAAAUGGGAGUGCACCUAGUGAGAAGGAGACACGGAGACCGAAGGGUCAGCCCAAUACCGCUCUGCUGUCCCUAGUGCUCAUGGCUGGGACCUUUUUCAUUGCCUUCUUCCUUCGAAAGUUCAAGAACAGCAGAUUCUUCCCUGGGAGGAUCCGAAGAGUGAUUGGAGACUUUGGAGUUCCCAUUGCAAUUCUCAUCAUGGUGCUGGUGGAUUAUAGUGUUGAAGAUACCUACACCCAGAAGCUGAGCGUGCCCAGUGGGUUCUCAGUGACAGCCCCUGAGAAACGGGGCUGGAUAAUCCAUCCUCUGGGCAAAAAUGGGGACUUCCCCGUUUGGAUGAUGAUUGCCAGCUUUCUGCCUGCCAUCCUUGUCUUCAUCCUCAUCUUCAUGGAGACUCAGAUCACAACGCUUAUCAUCUCCAAGAAGGAACGCAUGCUGCAGAAAGGCUCUGGCUUUCACCUGGACCUGCUGCUGAUUGUGGGCAUGGGAGGUCUCUGUGCCCUCUUCGGCCUGCCCUGGCUGGCUGCUGCUACCGUCCGCUCCGUCACACAUGCUAACGCACUUACUGUCAUGAGCAAAGCUGUGGCACCAGGGGACAAACCCAAGAUCCAGGAAGUCAAGGAGCAGAGGGUGACGGGGCUACUAGUGGCUGUGCUCGUGGGCCUCUCCCUGGUGAUUGGGGACCUGCUCCGUCAGAUCCCCUUAGCUGUGCUCUUUGGGAUCUUCUUGUAUAUGGGUGUGACCUCCCUCAAUGGCAUCCAGUUCUAUGAACGGCUACACUUGCUGCUCAUGCCACCCAAGCACCACCCUGAUGUCACCUAUGUCAAGAAGGUUCGGACCCUUCGGAUGCACUUGUUCACAGCCCUGCAGCUCCUGUGCCUGGCCCUGCUGUGGGCUGUCAUGUCCACCGCCGCCUCUCUUGCCUUCCCUUUCAUCCUCAUCCUCACAGUGCCGCUCCGUAUGGUACUGCUCACACGAAUCUUCACAGAGCGAGAGAUGAAAUGCCUGGAUGCUAAUGAGGCGGAGCCAGUGUUCGAUGAGCGGGAGGGUGUGGAUGAGUAUAAUGAGAUGCCCAUGCCGGUGUAGGGUGCUGGACAGAGGGACAAGACUGAAGGACAGAUGGACAGAGGGACUGGGGGCCUUGGUAGAGGGGAGGGGUCCUCCAUCCCCCCCCCAUUUUUAUUUAAGUGAAUAAUUUAAAGUCCUUCCCUGGCAGUAAAAUGCUUUGCCCCCACCCCCAUCCCCCACCCCCAGUUCUCCUGGCUCCAUGCUUCACUGGGGGAAGGGGAAGAAUGAAGAAAGGACAGGCUCCCAGAAAUCAUACAUAUGACUAGGAAAGACUUUAAUGAGAAACUAAAACACAGAGAAAUGGUACCUUGUUCACUCUCCAUGGGGGGUAGGUGACUUCACACUCCAAAACAGGAGUGUCCUUCUACUUCAUGGACCAAAGGCAGCCUUUGCAUCGACUCCAUGUCCACAUCUGGACAGCUGUUAGAGAAAGGGACAGAAGGAGGCUGAGGUUCCUUGUUUUAAGCAUUGUAGACCUGGUUGUUUAGACAGGAGUAUGAGGGAUUUGGUGAAAUAUUUUACAGCCAAAAGGGGUUAUGUAAAAAACGCUAUCCCUGGGACAGAGAAUCCCCACCAUUCUCCCCAUACACCGUGAAUAUUGCUUUUGUUCCUCAGACACCUUAACUAAAAAAGCAAAACCUGCUUCUUAUCCUUGGAUCCCUGCACCCAGCCCAGUGCCUAAGAAUUCCUUUGCCUGUUCAGUAUAGCCCGGUGGCACCAUCAUAAUCCUGUCAGGAUCUCCUUUCUGUCAGCCGCUGCUCAUGACUUUGAACCACUGUUUCCUUAUGAGUAUGGAAAAGGGGAAAAAGUAUACUGAGAGUGGAAAGAACCUUGGAUUCAAGAGACGUGGCUUCAAGUAUUGGCUUUGCCAAUAACCGACCAUGUAAGCUUAGGCCAAUCAUUUAACGUCUGAGCCUCUUUCCUCUUAUGUUAAAGUAAAAAGGUUGGACUACAGGUUCUUUCUAGGCAUAAAAAUCUGACGUCUGGUAGAAUAAAAUAUGGCGGACCUAAA